AUGUAUGAUGAUAAUGAUGAUAUCGGAAAAAAAAAAGAAAAUGGAAGAAUUCGAUUUGCACCCCCUGACAAAAUCAUUUCUCGCGGGUCACUUUCACUUCACUUAUUUGGUUUUCUUGGCCAACAUUCCAGAUUUCAAAAAAAAAAAAAAAAAUGCGUAACCGUUUUUAGAAUUAAUUUACAAAAGAGUAAAUAUUUAUAUUCUCGUCCAAAGUCUUUCAAAUUUCAAUAA